AUGUUUGUCAGCAUAGUUCUUUUUGAUGGAAAAGACUUUAAAUCUAAGCGAAAGCCAUCAAAGAAAGAAGCAGAACAAAAUGCAGCGGAGGAGGCACUAAAGUUUCUAGGAAAUGAAGAAGUGGAGGUUUCCAGUGAGACGAAUGAGUCCCAAUUAGCUGAGCAUCAGGUCAUGGAUAAUACGUGGACUCAACAAAGGGACAAAAACUACAAAAACAUGCUACAAGAAAAAGCACAGAAGCAGAAGAUACCAUACCCUAUAUACUUCUACAAACAGACAGACACUGGGUUUUUGUCUGAAGUCAUGUAUGAUGGUAGAACGUACUCGCCAGAUAUGAGUCCACAGAAUAAGAAGAUUGAUGCUGAACAGAAAGCUGCCCAGUUUGUGUUGGCUUACUUGGACAG